AUGAUUGAGGAAGUCGUCGAUUUUGCAAAAGAAUUUUUGCAAAUACCCGUUGCACCGGAAGACGUGCCGAAAACGGCGAUCAUUUCACCGUUCAGACUGUUCAAGUUACGAUUUAUGACGUUUGGGCUUAAAAACGCGGCUCAAACAUUUCAAAGAUUCAUCGACGAGGUCACUCGUGACCUCGAUUUCGUCUUUCCAUAUGUUGACGAUAUUUUAAUCGAAUCUAACGACGAGAAGCAACACAUGGAGCAUCUAAAAAUUUUAUUCGAGCGUCUCCGUGAAUACGGACUGGUUAUUAAUGUACCAAAAUGCCAGUUUGGUCAACCAGAAGUAAAAUUUCUCGGCCAUGUCAUGACUAAAGAUGGAAUUAAGCCGUUACCGGAAAAAGUCGAGGCUAUUGUCAAUUUCGAGCCUCCUACCACCAACGCUGCAGAAAUUCAAGCACCGCUUAAUAAAAUUUUGAAAGGACCCGAAGUCAAAGGCUCUCAUCCAGUCAAGUGGACUUCUGAACUUCACGAGUCUUUUAAGUCAGCUAAACGAGCUCUCGCGGAUGCUACAUUGUUGAUUCACCACAAAAUCGAUACUGACUGGGCAAUAUUAACCGACGCAUCCGAAAUCGGUAUUGGAGCAGUUUUACAACAAAAAGUGGAUGACAACUGGCAACCACUGGCAUUUUUCAGUCGAAAAGUGCCCCCGUCGAUUCAAAAAUCGUCGACGUACGACCGCGAAUUGAACGCCAUCUACGAGGCUUUUAAAUACUUUCGACACAUAUUCGAAGGCCGGCAUGUUACGAUUUACACUGACCACAAGCCGCUUCAGCACGCUUACAAACAGCGCACCGAAAGAGCAUCGCCUCGGCAAUUUCGUCGACUCGACGUCAUCGGUCAAUUCACCACCGAUAUUCGGCAUGUGUCGGGUAACGACAAUAUUGUCGCUGACACAUUGUCACGUGUCGAAGCAUUAUCUAUUGCUAUCACGUCGCAAGAACUUGCCAAAGCUCAACAAACCGACGACGAACUUCAGCAGUUGUUACGUCAGACAACUGCUUUGAAUUUAAAAACAAUUCAACUCGAUAAUGGACCUGCACUGUAUUCUGACACUGCGUCAGGUACAGUGCGUCCAUACGUUCCAGGACCACUGAGGAAGAAAGUGUCCGACUCGCUACACACGCUCGCUCACCCUAGAAUUAAAGGAUCGCUGAAAAUUGUCUCCAAACGAUACGUCUGGCCGUCAAUUAAUAAAGAUUACCGUGAAUGGGCGAAAUCUUGCAUCGAUUGCCAGAAAAAUAAAAUCCAGAGACACGUGUCAUCGCCGAUCACCAGUUUUCAACCUCCAACUGAACGAUUCGAGCACAUACAUAUCGAUCUAGUGUCUUUAAAAUCGUCAAAAGGCUUUAAUCAAUGCCUAACGAUCAUUGCCCGAUUCACAAGGUUUCCUGAGGCUGUCCCGUUAUCAAAUGGAACUGCAGAGACGGUAGCACAUGCACUAUCGCUGCAUUGGAUUUCUCGCCACAGAGUACCUAAACGCAUUACCUCGGACCAAGCCGUUUUGCUCGGCUUACGCGCUGUUUGGAAAGACGACAUCCAGACGACUCCGGCUGAAUUAGUAUACGGUGAGCCUAUACGAUUACCCGGUGAGUUACUAUCUCCCACUGAUAAAACUACGCCUCAUAACAUCUUCAAUACUCUAAAACGUCAUUUCAACUCAUUGGCACCAACCGAAAUGUCGCGUCAUGGCAAGCAUUCUGUUUUCUGUUUCAGGAACCUUAGUACUUGCAGUCGUGUAAUGGUCGGUACAGGAACUCAAGAGGGCGCUAGCAGUAACAAAAGAACUACUUUAUUUACUAUGGAGGAAAUUAUGCAGGAGCUUCGAAAAAUUCGAAGAGAUUUAGAUGAUCAGAAAACCGCAAUAGAAAAAAGUGGAGAAAAAGUGACGGAAAAAGUUACGCAAAACAUAAACUGCAUAUUAGAAGAUAAGCUCAAGAUAUUCAACGAAAAAUACGAACAUUUAAAGGAAAACUGUGAAAAUCAAGAAAAACGACUAUAUUCUCUAGAAAAACAGGCAAGAAAAAACAACAUCGUCUUUUUCGGAAUAAAAGACACCGAAACAUCAUAUUAUCACCUUGAAAGUCUCAUAGUAAACUUUAUCAAAGAACAUUUCUCUUUAGAACUGGAUCGCAGGGAUAUUCAAGGAGUUAGAAGAAUAGGCAGGAAAGGGAAAAGACCUCGACCAAUUAUUGUCACUUUUUGUACUCUCGGCACGAAAAUUAAUUUGUUUAAAAACAGAAAUGCACUCAAAAAUACCGGCUACUACAUAACAGAAGAUUUCCCGCAAAAUAUUCUAGAAAAGAGGAAAGAGCUUCAAGAACAAGCAAGAAUCGGAAGGGAAAAGGGAAACCUUGUAAAAAUAAAAUACGACAAACUUGUUAUAAGUGGAAAAAACAAAGCAACUGGAAAUAACAAAUGA